GCCUUGAGCAUAAUCACUGUCAGUCUCCAUUCGACUCCCGUCCUGAUCAUCGCCGUCGACGGCUUGUAUUUGACUAUAAAAAUGGCCACAGUAGAGCUUGCCGCAACCUAUGCUGCACUUAUCCUCGCAGACGAUGGCAUCGAAAUUACGUCUGACAAGAUCGUCUCCCUAACAUCUGCCGCCGCCGUUGAAGUCGAGCCAAUCUGGGCAACUCUUCUUGCCAAAGCACUAGAAGGAAAGGAUGUUAGAGAACUACUACUAAACGUUGGUGCUGGCGGUGGUGCACCAGCUGUUGGUGCUGCACCAGCAGCAGGUGGUGCCGCACCCGCUGCAGCUGCAGAAGAAGCACCAAAAGAAGAGGAGAAAAAGGAAGAGAAGGAGGAGUCGGACGACGACAUGGGUUUCGGCCUUUUCGACUGAUCUGCUUUCCCCGCACGAUAUCUUAUUUUCCUCUCCGAGAUUGCAUGUAUCACUGAGGCAUCCAAUGAUUGAAGAAUUGAGCCCAACG